AUGGCCGUCCAUCAAAACGGCAGCUCGUCAACAUGCGUAGUCGAGCAACCCGUCCAACUCCAAGAUGUAUCCAGUUGUAUCGCCAAGCCGCAAGAUGCCAAAGUCGCAAAUUCCCACUCCGGCCUUCGCCUCUCAGACACCAAAGGAAUCAACGAGAACGAUGAUCCAGUCGAGAGUCUCCCGUCUCCAACAACACAAGCCGCCGCCAAGCUCGAGCGAUGGAAUGCUCCAAGAACUAACUUGUGCAGGACGCUGGCAGCGUUUUGGAGUUUUGUCGUCAUGGGGAGUAACGAUGCGGCGUACGGAGCGCUGAUUCCAUAUUUACAAGAGUACUACCACCUCACCUUCUUAGUCAUCUCGUUGGUCUUCUUGUCGCCGCUAGUCGGGUACUCAGCGUCCGCGCUGCUGAACAACACCGUCCAUCUCAAAUUUGGGCAAAGGGGUGUUGCUAUCAUCACCGCGACGUCUCAUCUUAUCGCGUAUAUUGUUAUUGCCGUGCACCCCCCGUAUCCGGUGCUAGUCAUCAUCUUCAUGUUCGCAGGCUUUGGCAACGGACUCGCUGAUGCUGCGUGGAACGCUUGGAUCGGCAACAUGGCGAAUCCAAACGAAAUCCUGGGGUUCUUACAUGCCUUUUACGGCGUUGGAGCUGUGUUAGCACCACUGAUUGCGACGACCAUGAUCACGAAAGGCGAUAGGUUGCCUUGGUAUACCUUCUACUAUGUUAUGAUAGCCAUGGCCUUCAUCGAACUCGUAACCUCCACAACUGCCUUCUGGGGCGCCACAGCCGCUGUCUUCCGCGCCGCCAAUCCCCGCACCAGCGACACCAAAGACAACCGCAUGAAAGAAGCCCUGAUUCGCCUCCCUCAUGCCCGCGUAACCUGGCUAUGCGCUCUGUUCUUGCUUGGCUAUGUGGGCGCUGAGGUCGCACUAGGCGGCUGGAUUGUCAAGUUUAUGCUGGAGGUAAGAAAAGGAGGUCAGUUUGCGAGCGGCAUGACAGCGACAGGCUUCUGGAUGGGUAUCACAUUUGGCCGAAUAGUAUUAGGCUUUGUCACGCCGAGGCUAGGGGAGAAAUUAGCCAUCACUAUCUACCUCUCCCUCACCAUGGCCCUAGAGCUCAUCUUCUGGCUCGUCCCGCAAUUCUACGUCUCAGCCGUGGCUGUCAGUCUGCAAGGAUUUUUCCUCGGCCCCCUCUUUCCCGCUGCUGUGGUUGUUGCUACGAAGCUCCUGCCGCGCCACCUGCAUGUCAGUGCGAUUGGCUUCGCAGCUGCGAUUGGGGGUUCUGGCGCUGCCAUCUUCCCCUUUGCCGUGGGCGCCAUUGCUCAAGUGAAGGGUGUGAAGGUCCUCCAGCCGAUUAUACUGGGUUUGCUAGCAUUCAUUACGGCGCUUUGGCUGUGUUUGCCCAGGAUACAUAAAAAGCAGGAGUAG